GGCGCGCGUUUCAACAAGGCUAUUGCGCACGAUGUUCCGUUUGCCCGUUUACCGUUCAAAAACAUAAAGACGAAAAACAUUGGUAAAUUCCAUUCGGAUUCUAUAAAAACAAAAAAGAAAUCACAGUUAUAAUCCCAAUAUAGCUAUAAAAUAAACACCACAAAAAAGUGAAACCAUUGAUCAGUGAAUGCUAUUUUAAAAACUAUUCAAAUCUAUAGUUCUUUUAACCGAAAAUCAAUUAAACUAUAUUUUCCUUGAAAUUAACGCGUGUAAUCGAAAAAAGUACGAGUAUUUAAUCCACAUCAAAGGCGAAUGUCGAAAAGUGUUUCGAGGUCAAUGCGUCUGCUGCUGGCAACUCAUCGUUUAAAUUAAAUACACAAUCUGCAGCGAGUUCAGCGAGCAGGCAGAUAAAGGACGGCCCACUCGAACUCAGCUCGUCGCGACUAAACUGGAACCCGAACCCAAACGCAGACCCAAAAGCCAGCCAAACCAAUUCGACGCCAACGCCAAUUUUAACUACUGUUGGUGGCGCCACCAGCGAAUAGCGAAUAAUUGAAUCAUAAAGGACACGGACGGGCCACCGAAAGGAUCCAGAAUUCAGGAUCAACAAAGGCGAGCAAAUAAUUGCAGUAUAGUAGUGUGCACGGAACGUGGUCCAAAUUCUACACCCUUCUCCCCCCACCCACUCAGUCCGGCGGAGGGGCGUGGCACGUUGCAAAGAAGGCGGCUGCAGGGAAAUGACAGGCGUCCUGCUUUAAUUAAAGCCGGGACGUGGGCGAGGGUGUGGGCGUGGGCGUGGGUGUGAGGCCCGAAAGUGUGCGCUGCAAUAAAACGGAGGAAAUUGAAACGCAAUGUGGCUGAUGCCGCGGACCGUGGACAACGCAACAAAGUGGACGAAAUUGCUUUUGCAACAGCACGGGAUAGUAGAAGUGGCAGCAGGAACAGCAGGAGCAGCAGAAUUAGCAGAGCAAGACAUUAAUUUUGAUUAAAUUCACCUGAACAUUUCGCAUUCAAACAACAACCGACUGAGUGAAAUAUUAGUCCAAAAAACAGAGCGAACAAUUUAAGCGAUUAUUUCAAGCAGCCGAGCCGCCUGUAGUGUGCAUGAAAUUCUUUGGAGCUGCAGCAGCAAGGGGCAUCUUGUGAAAGUCGUCGGUUUUGCGUGCCGCAGGCAUUGCAACAGCCACACAUGAACACGUCGCUGUGACAGGAGGUGAGGAGAAGGGAGGCGAAGUCGGAACCCCAGCAAAACAGCAUAAUUUCGUCAACUGCAGCCGGGUGAACUGUCGGCGGCAGAGCAUAGCCCACCAUAUUCCCCAGGAUCCAACGCGACCCAACCAAACCAAACCAAAACCCAACCCACAUCAUCACCAUCACCAGCAGGAAAGGCAAACGCAAAGGCGUCGCUGUCACAGUCAGCAACUGUUGUCAGCAAAGUAUCAAAAUCAGAAUCAGGCUCCGGCACAGGAACAGGAACAGGAAUCGCAGACCAGCUUAAAACCCAUUUCUCCAGGACCGCCCCAAUGAAUCUGCUGUGCUGCUGUUGUUGCAGUAACAUGGCACCAAACCAGCGCGUCACACGCAAAUGGGAACUGUUUGCCGGACGCAAUAAAUUCUACUGCGAUGGAUUGCUAAUGUCCGCACCGCACACAGGCGUCUUCUACUUGACGUGCAUCCUGAUUACCGGCACCAGUGCGCUCUUCUUUGCCUUCGACUGUCCUUUUCUGGCGGACAGCAUCAAUCCGGCCAUUCCGAUUGUGGGAGCGGUCCUCUACUUUUUCACGAUGAGCUCCUUGCUGCGCACAACCUUCACGGAUCCGGGCGUCAUACCGCGAGCCUCCAACGAUGAGGCCGCCUAUAUCGAAAAGCAAAUUGAGGUGCCAAACUCGUUGAACAGCCCCACAUAUCGACCGCCGCCCAGGACCAAGGAGGUCCUGGUCAAGGGCCAGACGGUCAAGCUGAAGUACUGCUUCACCUGCAAGAUCUUCCGGCCGCCGAGGGCAUCGCAUUGCAGCCUGUGCGACAAUUGCGUGGACCGCUUCGAUCACCACUGUCCCUGGGUGGGAAACUGCGUGGGCAAGCGGAAUUAUCGGUUCUUUUAUUUGUUUCUAGUCUCAUUGGCAUUUUUAGCUGUAUUUAUAUUCUCGUGCUCUGUGACGCAUUUAGUUUUAUUAAUGAAAACUGAGCUGGAGGUCUUCAAAGUAAUCAAGAAGGCGCCCUUCACUGUGAUUGUAGUGUUCAUUUGCUUCUUCUCGAUAUGGUCGGUGAUCGGCCUGGCCGGCUUCCAUACCUAUCUGACGACGAGCGAUCAGACAACCAACGAGGAUCUCAAGGGAUCCUUCUCCUCGAAAGGAGGUCCGCGCACCCAAAAUCCCUAUUCGCGGGGCAACAUCUGCCUAAACUGUUGCCACAUCCUGUGCGGACCCAUGACGCCCUCGCUGAUCGAUAGACGCGGCGUCGCAACCGACGAGUUCAUCCAGCAGAUGCAGCACCAAUCGAGUCCGCGGCACGCACUCAGCGAUGUGCUGAGUGCCUCGCACAUGGUCACCACCUCGCAGCCCAUGAUGGGCAUGGGCGGCGGGGGGAGUGGGAUCGGUGGUGCCGGCGGCGGCAUCAGCAUUGGCGGGGCGGAGCUGAAGCCCCGCUUCUACGACGAGUCCAAUCCCUCCUCCUCGACACUGGAGGGCAACGGAGGUGCCAUCAAUAGCCACGGGAAUGGCCAUGGCCAUGGCAACGCCAACGCCAACGGCUUCGAUCAUCCGCCGCCCAGCUACGACCUGGUCCAGAACGGUAAGUCCCGCAAGCAGCACCAGCAGCGCUGCUCCCUGCAAACCCUGCUGCCCGCCAGUGCCCAGCAGCAGUUCAAGGCCAGCAAGCACAAGCACAAGCAGCUCAAGCAGCACCUGGUGGCCUCCGCCGAGCUGCAGCAACCGGAGGGCAUACCCAACUCACCCUCGCUCCUCCGCUCGCCGGCCACCUCCUCCUCGUACCGGCUGAACCUCAGGCGGUCGCUGCACCUGCCGCUGACACCGUCGUACGACGACGUCCGCCACUCGCCGCUGCCGCUGCUGCACCACCACGUCCAUGCCCAGCAGACCACCGCCAUUGGCAGCGUGGCAGCAGCGGCGGCGGCGGUGGCCUCCGGCGCCAGCGGUACGGGAACCGGAAUGGGCACCGGAACAGGUACUGGUGGUUCCUCCUCCUCCACCGCCACGGCACCCACUUCGGUGUCCGUUUCCCUAGCCACGGCUCCACCGCCGCUGGCACCGCGACGACCGUCGACGCUGCAGCUGCAGGCCAGCGCAGGGAUCUCGGCCAGCAAUAGUACGCUGACCACCAUACACACCACGGCGCCACAGCCGCCGGCGCCCACGGACUACAAGUACUACUCGCCCCAGCGCAGUACCGACUCCAAUCUGAUGAGGAACUAUCCGUUUCCCAAGACGGCGCGUGGCAUGCGUCGCCAAUCCACAAUGUCGGUGGACUCGCAGAAGGUUAACAUUGCCGGCUAUCAGCCGCUGCCCAUGAGGAAACCCUACAAACACCAGGAGGUGAUGUUCGAACUGAAGUCGCCGACCAACCGACUGACAAUCCGCGAAUGUGACUUUGGCGGUGGCGGUGAACCCUGCGACGACGAUCAGUCGAUCAAGGACAGCCAGAUCUUUCGUGUUAGUAAACGAAAUCUUUAUAUGAAUCACCGGUCGCCGUGGAAGGAGCGCGACCGCUACUCCAAUCUCUACGAGUACUCGUUCAACAUCGAUCUCAACUCGAUCAUCGAGGAUGCGGCGGGCAGUGACUCGUCAUAGUACGCAGCAGCAGUCCGCUGCUCCUGCUCCUGCUGCGAGGCCCAUCUGUUGUUCCGAUCCGUUGUCCGGCUCGGUGGGAUGGUGAUCCGCCUCCUAGUCGUCCAUCGACUACUCCUCCUCGAUCGGUUGUUAAGCGCUGUACAUAAGACCGGGCUCCGUCGGUCAGCCCGAUUCCUAAUGCUUCCACGCUUUUGCUAAGGUGGCCAAAUCGGGUCCAGUUUCCGGAAUUUGCCCAAUUAUAUACUAGAGGCUUCUCGUAGGCAGCUAUCCGAAUAUGGUUUAAUUAAAACUUCAUUUAGGUUCUAUUGUAUAAGGGCUUAACUAGGCUUUGUAACCUUUUUUGAGUAGUUUUUUUUGAAUUUAAAACAGGGCUGCAAACUGUUUUUAACCGAACCGCUUUAAAAGGUUCGGGUUUUUGUAUAUUUGAACUGCAAUUUUUUCAAGGUAAAAAAUUACAAAUAGCAACUUAAAUAUUAGACCCCUUUUAUAGCCCACAAAUUUUAACACAAUAAAAUUUUAAAAUAUAAAAUGAAUUUAUUUUUUUGUUGGUUAAAAACAGCUUACAUUUUUGUGUGAACAUUUAAGCAGAGCAAGUUUGAACUACUUUUGAUUUGCAAAGUAAAUAUUUUCCCCAACUGAAUGUUCGAGCCAACGGAGCGAAUAAAUUUAAAAGUUUGCAGCCUUGAUUUUAACUUUGAGGGAAUCUAUCACAGUCUGAUUGUGGCACAUUUUGUGAGACUCACUUGGCUUCCACGCGCUGCAACUGUAUAACUGCUACCCUUUUGCAGCCCGAAUUCCGAAUUUGUGUUUUUGUGCACCCUUUGUAGAAGUCGAACUUGUAUGAUUUUGUGUUUAAUGUAUGAAUCCCUUGCCCUGCCAACCGCUGUAGUAGACUUCCCCCCGUGUUUUCACCCCCCACUCGAAAAAACUUGGUUCAUAGAAACUUUUGCGUUUAUUUAGCACCUGCUUCCCAGGCUAUGGUGAGUCGGAUCUCCUCUGAUGCAAAUGCGAUUGCAAUAGAGGGGCUUCGACGCCAGGGGCCGCAAUGCCACCCAUGUAUAUGUAUUCACCUUGGUCUACGUCCCAGCGCCGCCACCUCCAAUAGUGAAGACACCAACUAACCAACCAAGCAAACCUACUAACCAGAAUACCAAAAAACCAUAAAACCAGUAAACCAACAUCCCAAACCCAAGCAUGUUUGACUUUGUUCGCCUAGUAAAAUGCUUAAGUUUUUGAUUUUUGUUGGGAACCUCGUGAGAUUCCCACGCGGCUGAAUGGCCUGUAAAUGAUCGCAGUCACUUGGGCCUUAAGUUACACUUUUGAAUAAUUUGGAAGGUUUCAACCAAAAAACGUAGAAACGAAAGAAAACUUUAACUUGCAAUUAGAAAAUGGGAAAUUAGCAAAACACUUAAUGAGCCAAUAUAACUGCCAUUUAUCGAAGCAACAUUUUGUUAGGACUUUUUUCAUUUUUACAAUGAAAAUUAAAAUUAAAUGUAAACGUAAACUAAAAAAAUGGAAUUCAAUAAGAAUUUGAUAAACUAUGUAUCAGUGUUAAGAGAGUCAUUUUAAAACUACUAGUCGAAUACAAAAAAAAAUGGUUGCAAAACAGAUUGAAUAUCAAAUAUCGAAUAUGUCUUAAUCUUGAAUAUUGGAACAUUGCCAAGUGACUGCUGCAAAUAAUUAGCAAUAAACAGAGAACCGAAACAAUGCGUUGAAAUUGAAAUGAAAAUUAUAAUGAAAAUUGAAAUUAAAAUUGAUAAUAUUUAUACCUAGUUGUAAUAGUUACAAAACAUUUCUCGGGCAGGAUAUUGCUGGACCUUUGGGGAGGUGAAAAUCGUAAAGCGUAUUAGGUGUAUAAGCCAGCUUAAACAAAUAAUUCUGGCUCACAUGCCGCCUCCAAGGCUUUAAAUCUUGAGCAUUAACAAUAUUAUGGGUUCCUUUUAUAAUUAAUUGCAAGUGUAAUGCGCAUUAGCGAGGUAAUUGAAGUUGUAGGUAGUUAUUUAUAUUAUAUAUAUAUAUAUAUAUAUAUAUAUAUUUUCAUGCUGAGUCACAGCGUGAAAGCGAGUGUUAACUGAUGAAAAAGUAAAUUUAUAUACUUAUAUAUACACAAUAUGUAUGGUUAAAUGUUGGGCAAUAAAGUGUAUCUAGCUUAUGUUUAAAAUUGAUCCGAAUGAAAUGUUGGCGGAUCGUAAUGCAGAUCUAUAACUACAUAUAAGUACUAAUCCCGAUGUUAAAGCGUAUCGCAAACUUUCAGGAAGAGCGUGAGACCUACUCACGAUCCUGAUCGAUUAUUGGAACCAUAUAAACUAUAUAUCCCCCGAAUCACCAACACACAUAAAGACACGAACUGGAGGCUUGGGCUUGAAGCUUCCGAUUUUUAGUUUCCGUUCGCGUUUCGUCUCCUCUACAUUUUCCAUUAUAUUAUAUAUUUAGGUUACCUGAUUUUGGUUUUGACUGGCAAAGCGCGCACACCACCACCAAAAGCUAUAACCUUAUCCUUGAUUUAUCGCACACUAAUGUCAAACUCUUUCUGUAUCUUUCAACUUGACUCUGGGAACUAACAAACAAUACUUACAAAUUUGUGUCUGUAACUAUUUUGUGAAACUAACCAAACCGUAAAAACCAAAACAAAAACUGCAAUUGAGCGAAAGUUGUCGAGGGCCGCUUAAGACUAGAGUAAAAAUGCAUUUUAAGCCUUAAUUGG